AGGUCUUGGUAUUACCUAUAAUUCUGAAUUUUAUGUGACCCAAAGUACUGAUCCCGCCCAUGGAUACUCCAUUAUCUUUUGCCUCGAUAAGUCCCCCAAGGAUGGAUGGGGCACUCAAGGCUGGUAGAACCUAAUCUGUAGACCAAAAUUUGACUUUACUGUAGCUAGACUUUAAUUCCAUCUUCUUUCAUUGUUUUGGAUUGGAUUUGCUCCGUCGUAGUGCUUUAUUCUCCUCUAAUUGUUGAUGUUGUCACCCAUUUUCUCUUACUGAGACUUGUACCUAUCUAUCUUCAUCAUCAAGGGAGACUUUCCAUUUUCCUCGUUUACCCAUGACUUGUUUUUAACGAUAAUUACUAUUGAGCAGAUUUUUUUUGUCUGGCGCUCGCUCGAUUGGUCAGAGGACGUUGUACUAUGGUGCUUUGCUGCGGGCGGUCACCGGGAAAAGACAGGUCGGCCGGCGAUGAUGAUGUCGGUAGUGCGGAAGAUGCCGCCCGAAAGCUGGAAUUGUUGAAGCAGGUGCCGCUGUUCGCGUCGUUCCAUCAGCAUGAGCUACGGGCGUUAUCGAGCCGCCUCGAGGUCCGCAGCUACCAGAAGGGGGAGUGGAUAGUGAAGGACGGCUCCAAGAAGGGCAGCAAAGCCGCGAAUAAGCUGGCUUCUGGUGAGCCCGAUAGAGGGCUUGACGAGUUCGAGGAUGCUGUGGAAAUGUUCCUCAUUGACUAUGGCAGUGCCGCGGAAGUGGCCGUAUUCGACGAGGGAGCAGGAGAGGAGAAAGAGACCGCCCUCACUAACGCGGACGUGAACGCCAUGCUGCAGGAAGACAAGAAACGCUCGCAGGAGCAAGAAGGAACAAUAACCGGAGACAGCACAGCCGCCGGCACCAUAGCUUCUUUGCCUGAUGGAGUACCAAUUGGGUCACCAGGGACCGCAACGCCCGGAGAUGCGGACCUUUCGAAAGUAGAGGUAGUGGUGCCGGCGCCGCCGCGCGACAGUACGUGGCUAAAAUUGCCAACUCGAAGUUCCGUAGUAACGAAGACGCUGAAUCUAAGCGCCGGAGGCUUCUUUGGCGAGCGGGCGCUGCUGCACCAAGAAGGGAUUACUAGUCGACGGCAAAUCAGAGUGAAGGCGAUGAGCCGGUCUCGGUGUUUCGUGCUCAGUCGCGAGGCCUUCAGAGAAGUUAUGCUCGAUCGUAACACGAAGGAGAACCUGCUCCGAAAAUGCGGGGUCUUUGAGACCUUUGACGAUGAGAUAUUAGCGGAGGUCGCUGGGGCGCUAGAGCGCGAGAGCUACGGCAUGGACGAGGUCUGCAUCGAGCAGGGUGCGAAAGGGGACUGCAUGUACGUCGUGGAGCAGGGCGGCUGCGCGGCGGCCAUGCGGCUAGAGGACGGCGCAACGGUGGACGUGCAGCAGUAUACCAACGUCGGAGACGUUUUCGGCGAGAACAGCUUGAUCGAGAAUACGGUGCGGCCAACCACAAUUCGGAGCGUGACGGAAAAUACGCUUUUGCUCAGACUUGACCGGGAGGACUUUGAGCGCCGCUUAGGGUCGCUCGCGAAGCUCAGGGAGCAGCACUUUUUGACAGACCCACGCAAGAAACUAGCAGACUUCUACUCAGCAGGAGACGCACGCGGACCACGCGGCAUGCUUCCACUGGUAGGAGCAGGCCCCUCCAGUAGUUCCGCUUCCGCGGGGUCUCGAUUAAAUAGCAAAACUGCCAUCAAUAGCGUUUCGAAUCCUGCGCAGUUGUCCCAGGCAAAAGCUCCUGGAUCCACCAGUGCUGCGAGUCUUGAAGUGAAGAGUACAGAGGUGGAGUUGAAUAGCGUGCCACCAGGAGAAUUCGAAUCGCAGGGCGGGGCCGCUUCCUCGGUGGGCGCCGUCGCGUCCUCAGCAGCCAUGCCUCUGUCAACUGCGUCAGCCAUUCCCGCGAAUGCAUCGGGGCCUUCCGUAACAGCAGCAGAGCAGGUGUCGGUGGCGGUGCCGUUCUCGACAGCAGCGUCCAAAGAGGCACCCAAAGAGGUUGAGCCCGUCGGCGAAAAGACCUGCUGGUUCGUAGUUUACCGUCCAACGUCUCGCGACAGCAUAGCGAAGAUGCUUGGGCGCGUAGGUGUAGGAAAAGGGCUGAACAUCAAAGGAAAAAGUGCAAAGCGAAAUCGCCUCUCCGGUUUCGUGCCGUUUUUGCAGAUAUCAAAUAAUGCGCACAAAGCGCACGUAGAAGUCACGCCUCCUAACGCGAGAGUGCUCGUCUACUAUAGCUCUGCGGUGGAACGAACAAAAGCUCAAGAAGUUCUGCAGGGGGUAAUACAUUACAGCUGGAGUUUUGAUUUCCAUUUCUCUUCAUGAACCUCGCGUACAGUGUUUACCACUUUUUGCAAACUUUCUUCAAUCACACUCAAUCUUUCGUAACCAUAUACAUAGGUACUGAACGAUCCGGAGAUAGCACAGAAGAUACCACUUGGAGGUCGGGAAUUGCGUAUGCUAGAUGAUUACGCGGGACUGCAGGAUGGCAUCUGUGGUUUGGAUAUGCCCGAACUAGUCUUGAGGCAUGCAUACAUUGAGAUGCGAGAUAUUUCGCCCAUUCCUGAGUGGGAAACAGGAAGAGUCAGCGAGCCAGCGUUCAUGGAUAUGAAUCUCCACGCUUCUCGCGAUCCGUACUUUUCUCUUAGCUACUGAAGAUGUCCCUUGGUUUUAGAUGAUUUACUCAAUAUAGUUGACUUUAGCAGCUUAACUUUCGGUUUUCCUGAAAGUGAGUAUGCUCAAAAUCAGUGAAUACUUGACUUUCUGUUGGUAAUGCAUUAGUAGCGGCCACUGCAGCUUGCACACGCGGGAAGCAAAUUUGGUUGCAUGCCAGCACUACACUGAAAGUAUCCGGGCUUAUAUAUACGUUGAAUACAAUAUUUAUAUAUAUAAUCUAUAUGAAGCAUUUAUAACCGCAUACAAACAGGGCAAGCAAACCGAGGUGUUGUCUCUUUCAGUUCGACACUGCGGACGCGAUGAACCCUAAGGGGUUACUCAUGGCCUAUCAGGAGAACCUCGUGAAGCCGGUAGUGAGUGAUUUUGACACUUUUCUGAUUGGGAGCAAGGUGGAUGUUACUGCUCGGCGCGUCGUAGGAGAAACACGACCGGCACCAGUCGCGCCGCGCGCUAGUUCGCCCGGAGUGAAGACCUCGUUUUCGCCCGCUCCGAAGCGGGUAGCAGACGAUGGUGCCGCAGUAGACACACCAAAUCCGGCAGCGGGAGACAGAGAGACAACCAGUCCUGAUCGGGAUGCAAAGAUGGCGGUAGAAGCAGGCACCCGCCCCCUCUCCACCACGUCGUUCGAGUACCAGCUUUUACCCGCCGAUCAGGUUGACCUCAUUAGGUGGUCAUUGAAGCAAACCUCAGAGAUUCUAGAGUUAACGAAAACUAACGAGGCUGAACGAGCGAAGUCUUGGACAAGUCAGUGGCUCAGAAUCCUCAGUCGGGAAUGCGAAAAGGGAUUUAAACCGAGGGUUCCUAGUUAUGGUUUCGGCGAUCCUGUAAGCGUAGCGAUUAUUGCGAAAACGGUCGAGGCGGUAUUUUUUGUUCUACUAUUGAGAAGUUGAUGUUUUGUGCUUGUGUCUCUAAUGUAAGCAUCGAUGUCGUAGGAGGUGAUCAAAUGUUUAUAAUUUGUUUCAACUCGUCGUCGUCAUCUCCUGGACUUUCAUUUCAGUAAGAUUUGUGCCAUAGCCAACACACCUUUUAAUAUUUGAACAAACAUUAACACCCUUUCCCUUGUGAUUUUAAGAUGCAUUUUUCUUAGCUCUCCGAUUGCGGCGCGGUCCGCCAUGGUGCGGAGUGCUUUAAUUUCUACUUUCCGCAAGAGCUGGACGAAGAAUAUCUGGUUAUUUUCCCGGAAAACGGAAACGAGGGUGGCUUUGAAAACCGACCGUGGCAGAUGAUGAGUGAACCACAACUCCGAGCAUUUCUCUUGGAGAGAGUCCAAGAUGGUACUACAACUACUCACCUGAAGAUGCUUCUAGCUGACGACUUCCUUCUGUUUUGUGGCAUGCCAGUUUUAUGAUAUCAUUAGACACAGCGAGUUCUGCGUUCUAGUACUCGCUAGAGAUUGAUAUAUCCGACGUCGACGUAAGGAGAACUCCUGAGUUAGCUUGACAACAUCAACAUGCACGUGGUUCGUCUUGCCGUUAGUUUAGGAGGACUACUUGAGACGCGUUGAUGCUGAUUGCAUGCGCAUUUAUUGCCUACAAAAAUCAGGUUAUUUGUUUCUCGCUUCUUUUACCUUUUUUACAACAUCAACAUCCACCUUGCCUACAAAAUUCAGGCUAUUCGUUUCCGUUGAAUCCAGUAUGGCCAGUACGUGACCCGGGGUGGCGCGACAUAUGGCAGGCACUGCUGAAAUCACGCGAAGCACAGCAAGGGAACCGGUGCUGGUACCCCGACUCCGGCAUCGUAGAUACAGUAACAGAACUGUGCCAGGAGUAUCCGGAUGGGUACAUGCAAGCCGUGCCUCCCAAACCGGCAGAGGCGGAGGAAGCAGCAGAUGAGCCGUCUGACGGAAGGAAGAAGAAAAAACCGAACAAAUUUUCGCAACCGGGAAGUCUGAUCGAAUUCGACGGGCAUAGGCGAUCCGUGAACGCGAACGCGCAGGACCUAAUCGGGGACGAGAUGGCCGCCUUUGCGCAUCACGAGAUGAGGAGAGCGAACGAACGAAGAAUGCGCGUCAUUCGGUCGCAAAUGCGCCUCAUGCUGCACAAGCAUGCCGAGUCGGGUCUUCCGAUUCAGUCUUAACCGAAGAGCAGCCAGAUUGCUAGCAGUAAUCAUGACUCCUGGACGUACCGAGUACUAGCUAGUAUAUGUAUAGUAGUUCGCAUAGAAAUACAAAUAGAUCACUCAUCAGUUAUGAUCUGCUUACCCGUGUAGAAAUUUUUAGCGAAGAAGUACUUGGCUAACUUCCAUAGGAAGUGGAGUCGCACACGCUUUCAGUUUCAUUGUACACAUACUGUGCUUUGCAUUCGUCCUCAUGUACAUACUUGGGGAGUUUUGGACGAUCGAAGCUCUUGAUGUAAAAGUCAGUCCUGUUAAGUGUUAGAGAAAUCCUAAAUGGUAUUCGUUUGGAUAUGUUAUUUAGGGUUAUUUAGUGUUUGCCUACUAACCUUAAUGCAAGAAAUGAGUAACCUUUAUUUGAGAUGUCAUAUAUUAUCUAUCUUCACAUACACAUUGUAACUUCUCAGCCAGUUUUUAUUGUCACAUUGUGUCCGCAAAGGAGACUGAGAGGGAACUAAGUUCAGUCCUGCUCUCGUGAUUUAGCGCCAUCCAUUUUUCUAUUAGCAUUAGCCUUGCAUCGCGUAGUCCAAUCUUAUUCAUAGUUCGCACAUAUAGAAGUUUCCGACACUUGUAUCCAACACAGAUGUCAAAAAUUCGCAUACUCGUCAUAUGGUGAUCGUUUAGUUAGUAUAGUCUGAAAUUAACAUCAAAAUUAUUAGUUUGGGGCCUCUCCGACAACCAGACCGGCAGGAAGGUCCCUAGUGCCCUUACGUCAACGUCCUCAGUGACAGAUGGCAGGGGCGCUCGCGAGCGCGACGUGUGCGAGGCGGUAGGGUCGCGCGCGAACAUAAUAAUAACAAAUAAUAAUAAUCCGAGACACAUGACUAGAUAGAACAGAUGUGAACAGCGAGACCUAUGUAUAAUCUUUCCUCGUUUAGUACUACUACUUCAUUCAUCCACCUCGUCGUCCUUGACUAGUUCGUUCAUCCUGAAAGAAUGUACUUACUAGAACUCAAGCAACAAGCUGACUGUGAAUCCUCUUACCAUAAGGCUCUUGAUAACAACAUUCCUGGAGUCCGCGUCUAGUACUGGAAGCUUGUCUUAAUGGUAAUCGAUGAAGUGUGCAAGCAAAGGAAAUGAGCAAAUUUUACAGUUGCGGAUGGCCGCGAACAAGGGCACACUCGUGGGCAUCGGCCGGGUUCUCUCGAAAUGCAUGUGGUGUUCUGUGUCACGGUUCUAGAGCUUGGUUCGCGUUCGUUCGUGCAACUUCUCCUGUCUACUCAUUAACUUCCGUAGUUCAUCGGUAUUAGUAUUUUCUGCGCCUCAGAAAUUUGUUC